AGGAGGGCGGAGUGUGUUUGUCGCUGAAGUGUGAGCUGAGACUCUGUACAUCCCAGUAAUCGGAUUUUUUUAAAAGCCCGGUGUCGGUCUGCUAUAUGUCAAGCAAUCCCUAUAGCUAAGAAUGGCAUCAGGGAACUAAUGAGCAGUGAUCUCUAGUUUCAUGUACGGAUCUAAAUGAUUUUCCCCCGCUAUAAUAAUAUACAGACGUAAACAAGCUCGACCCGCUCUGUAACUGGAAAAGGGUUUUUUUAACCUGCGGAACCGAGACCAUCUUUACCAUAUACUCAGGAGCCGACGGGAAAAGACGUCUGGAUUCACUUAUCCACAGGUGAACGCGAUCCGGUGCGCUAAUUAAUCCAGAUUUUACCCCUUUGCUCCUGCGUAUAAACUGAAACAUCCUAUUCAAUCCAGACGGGAAGAGGUAUGGCUGUUUAUCUGCUUUCGUUACUCUUGCGAGUGGGAUUUGUUAUCGGAUCGAAUUAUAGGCAUGAUAAAUGGUCGGACCAUGAGAGGGAGUCUGAGAUCAGAGCAAAGCAGCCUAUCUAUAACACUCCUAUUAACAGCCAAGAACAGCUUCAUCAUUUGCCUCGUCUGUUUAAACCUGGAACGGAGCAAUCCGCCUUCCUACAGAAAAUCGAGGAGGACCUGCCCAAGGUGGUCAUGGCUUUCCUUCACACAGGAGAUCCGUCGACGUUGAGGCAUGCAAACUGUUCCAGAAGGUAUGAGUUGAGCGGACUCCGCGGUCCAGCAUACACUAGUUCAUACUCGUCCCUGCGCAGUGUGCUUGACGCGGUGGCACAAGCCGCCAACUUCUUGAACGUGAUCCUGCAAGCCAACAGGUCAAGACUACACAGCCUGCAGGGGGACUCUGAGUGGUACUGGGCGCUCGUCCGCAGCAUCCUGGAAGGGGACCACAAAAUCCAGCGGGUUGUCCUCACGUUCAACAAGGAUUUGCCAUUGCCGGGACACCACAUCUUCCUCCAGGCUACCAGAACAGAGAGUGGCAUUGUUCUCCAAGACCUCUCGUCCACGGCCCACCAUCGCCUGAGAAACAAGACUGUGGAAACAGAGUGGUUCAGUGAGAUCCGAGACAGACGCAAACACCACCUCCACCGGAGGGUCUUGAGCCAAGAAGUAAAGUCUCCUGAUGUAUCUCUGAGAGGAGACAGCUAUGUCCUUGAUAAAACUGAGAUCAAGUGGUCAGCGCCUUUCCUUGAGUGUGACAAAGGGACUUUCAUUCCUCAGUGGCUCCUCACCCUAUCAGCUGGCUUCUAUGGUCUGAAACAGAAUCAGGUUCCGGAAUUCAGGGGUGUGGUCCGGGUGGACGUCAGCCUUCAGGAUGUGGACAUCGACCAGUGCUCCAGCAGCGGCUGGUUUGCUGGGACUCACCGGUGUAACUCCACCAGCAUGGAGUGCGUGUCCCGCCCAGGCCACGGCUUCGUGCUGGACAAGUACAGGUGUGAGUGCAAGGAGGGCUUCUACCACCCCAGCCGAGUGACCACCAGCAGCUUCAAAAGGAAGGCGGAGAGGGUGGAGUCUUCAGGGAGGGACUCCUGGGAGGGCUCCAGCCACUGCCUGCCGUGCCGCGAGGGCUGCGCCUACUGCAAGGACGACACACCGUGCCACACGCAUGCCGACGGGCCCCUCCGCGUCGCUGCUGUCGUCUUCCAGGGGCUCUGCAUGCUGGCUGAUUUCUUCAGCAUGGUGGUGAUCUAUCGUUUCCGUGGCAACAAGUGCAUCAGAGCAUCGGGACUCGUGCUCCUGGAAGCCAUCUUGUUUGGCGCGCUGCUGCUGUAUUUUCCCGUUCUCAUUUUGUACUUUCAGCCCAGCACGUUCCGCUGUAUCCUCCUCAGAUGGGUUCGCCUUUUGGGUUUUGCUAUUGUCUAUGGAACGGUGACGCUCAAACUGUACAGGGUUCUGAAGGUGUUCCUGUCACGCACGGCACAGCGAAUCCCCUUCAUGACCAGUUGGAGGGUCCUUCACCUGCUCGCCGUCAUCCUUCUCGUCGUCUGCUGGUUCCUGGUAGCCUGGACCUUAGCCAUCUGCCAGAAUCUGGAACGGCAUGUACCACUCAUCGAUGUGGGCCUCACAGCUGAGGGCCUGCAGUUCAGCAUGUGCCUGCUAGACCGGUGGGACUACAUGAUGGCCAUUGCCGAGCUGCUCUUCCUCCUGUGGGGCGUGUACCUCUGCUACGCCGUGCGGACAGUACCCUCCGCUUUCCACGAGCCGCGCUACAUGGCCGUUGCCGUGCACAAUGAGCUCGUCAUCUCCGCAGUCUUCCACGUGGUCAGAUUCACAGCCGCCUCUGGACUCCACCCUGAUUGGACGCUGAUGCUGUGGUUUGCCCACACACACCUGACAGUGACAGUGACUAUCGGUUUGCUGCUCAUUCCAAAGUUCCUGUUCGCGGGCACGCCCACACGGGACGACAUCGCCACGGAGGCGUAUGAGGACGAGCUGGACAUGGGUCGGUCUGGGUCCUACCUGAACAGCAGCAUCACUUCUGCCUGGAGUGAGCACAGCCUGGACCCUGAGGACAUCCGGGAGGAACUGAAAAAGCUGUACGCCCAGCUCGAGGUCUACAAGAGGAAGAAGAUGCUGGCCAACAACCCCCAUCUGCAGAAGAAGAGAAGCUCCAAGAAGGGUCUGGGGCGUUCCCUCAUGAGGCGCAUCACAGAAAUCCCGGAAUCAGUGAGCCGGCAGUGCAGCAGGGAGGACAAGGAACUGGGGGAUCAUGGGAGUAACAGGAACAGCAUUUGCACCCUGAGAAAGAACCCAUUUGAGCCCUCCCACUCCACCAAGCCCAAGGAGGACUCUUUGAAGAACAAAGUCUUCUCCCUCAAGAAGUCCCAUAGCAGCUAUGACCAUGUAAGGAACCAAAGUGAAGACUCCAACAGUUCAGCCACUGAUAAGAUGGAGGUCUCCAAUGAGAACUCCCUGCUGGAGUCUCUGAUGGGCAAGAAGCUGGUUAAGAAAAAAUCUGCAGAGAAGAUCGAGGCCGAAUCCACAGAGUCUGUUCCUCUGGUGUGCAAGUCUGCCAGUGCUCACAAUCUGACUGCCGAUAAGAAGCCACUGCACCCCCGCACCUCUAUGCUACAGAAAUCCCUCAGCGUUAUUGCUAGCGCUAGGGAAAAAACUUUGGGGCUGGCGGGGAAAGCCCAGAAUGUGGAGGAAAACAAUAAGAAGAACCAUCAGAAGAGCAGAGAGGCCAAUACCCACCCAGACAUGGAAGAGAAACUGCCAGAAGAUUCCAUCGCCAUGACUCCAAGUCAGUAUGUGGAAAACAAGCAGCUGACCAGCAAGACCGGUAUAAUCAAACCCCAGGUUAGUGGAGGCCAGUCGUCCAUGUCAGGCGAAAUGUGGAAGAACAAAGAUCUAUACGACCUCUCUGAAGUAUGUCCCUGGGAAGUGGAGGACCUCACCAUGCCAUCUGAAAGCAAAAUGCAGAAACAUGUCUCCAUUGCUCCAGAGGAGACUACUUCAGUUCAUGGCAGUGGCACUAGAGGUAAGACAAAGCAGAAGUUAAGAGUCAUGGAUGAGCCUUUGUCAAACAGCAGACAUUCUGGCCAGAUAGUAGAUGAGGGAGAAUUGUGUUUCCAGGACCCAGAGGGUGAAAGCUGGUGCCUGGGGGAUGGGACCAAGCCUCCCACCACUGGUCAUUCUAUUCCGGCACAUUCUGCUGGGGAGAGCAAUAAAGCUGACAUUUGCCCUUGGGAUUUUGAAGAAUUGCCGGUAAAGCAAGUCACAGGGGUGAAAUCAUCAGAGAAAGACAGGGGCAAGGGUGACACAUUGGUAGAAGGGACAGGGGGGGGUCUUCACCAGGAUCGCCCAAAGUCUAAGCCCACAACACGGGUGGACAUUUGCCCCUGGGACUACGACUGUCCUACAUCCUCAAAUUCUGAGAGGGGUUCCAGUCUAGCACAGCUUUCAAAAUUAAAGGACUCUGUCUCAAAAAAGAGAGCCACAUCUUCCUCAAAGAUGGCAGAGAUGGAGAAGGAGAAGCCAAAGGAGAAGAAUAAUGAAAAAGGGAGACAGAAAAUGAGGGAGAGCACAGAGAAAUGGCCCAGCCAAUCGAAAAUAGAAGAAGUCUGUGCUUGGGAUGUGGAGAGCCCUACAGAGACAUUGCCUGGAGACACACCAAAAAGCUCAAGUAAACUGGGCAUUGGCCAAAAUAAACAAGCUGAUAUUUGUCCAUGGGAUUUUGAAGAUGAAUCAGAUAAUAAAGAACAGAACAGAAAUCCAUCUGCUGCGAAACAAAUCUCUCCAAACUUCAAAGGAGGUGAUUCUGGAAAGGCUAGAUUGGCGGAUGUUUGCCCCUGGGACUUUGAUGAGCCAACAUCAGGGAAAAACGCAUGACACUCGAUGUGGCUGGACAUCUCAAAAUGAACGUCCCAUUAGAUAAUUGUUUGUCAUUGAUACAAAACCCUCAAACCUUUACUAACAUUAUCACAACUUGGGUAUUCCUUGGGAAGGAAUUCCUUUGGAAGGAAUUUUUCCCCAAGUUGCCUUUUCCUUCCAGUGUUUUAUUUUGUCCUUUUUUGAGAAAAAACAAAGGAAAAUAGUGUCUUAUAUUAAGCAUUCCAGAUUCAUACUGAGUAUUUGCUUGAAUUCUUAGAUUAGUGUGGAUCUUACAAUUAUGCAACUCUGAGUCACUUUAUCCUCCAGUGAAGAACUCCUUACGAACUACAGUACUCUCAUAAUCCACCUCAGCCACUCAGAUCAUCACAGAGCCACUCCUCAAAUGCAUCGCACCACCAUAAAGUUCAUUAAAUGGUAAAACUGUAGCCUGCAGGAGCAAACUGGACCUGAAAGUAUGUAAAUAAUGUCCUCAUGCUAACAUGCUAUAUAUACAUUGUACCGCUGAAUGUGAUUUUGGCAGUUUAGCAAAGACUGGAGCUUAGUACCAACCGAAGAUGAAUGCCAAAGAUGUACUUUGAUAUAUACAUUCUUAUUUUGUGAACUGGCAUAAGACAGAGUAUUUUAUUGUCUAACUAGCAAUGAAUGAACAAGAUUAUGAGAAUUCAGUAAAUACAAUGAAAAUUCAUAUGUAAAAUGAGAAUUCAGUAAAUAUGAUGAGAAUUCAGAAGCCAAAUGAGAAUUCAGUAAAUACAGAGAAUUCAGAUGAAAAAUUAGAAUUCAGUAAGUACGAUGAGAAUUCAGAUGCAAAAUGAGAAUUCAGUAAAUAUGAUGAGAAUUCAGAAGCCAAAUGAGAAUUCAGUAAAUAGGAUGGGAAUUCAGAAGCCAAAUGAGAAUACAGUAAAUACGAUGAGAAUUCAGAUGUACAAUGAGAAUUCAGUAAAUACGAUGAGAAUUCAGAUGUAAAAUGAGAAUUCAGUAGAUACAAAGCUCCCUUCUUUGCGUCUGGAUGGCGUCAGAUGUGUCCUGCUGUCCUGAGUGGUGACAUUAUUUAUUUAAACACGUUGACAGUCUGGUUCAGUUUGUUUUUUUAAAAGUCAUGUUUAUCAUCCCUCAAGAUUUUUAUACACUCACUUUAUUUUUAUUAGCACCUGGAUUAUAAUUCUCACUAUCGUCGCCAUUUGCAGCUGUGACUUGAUAUAGUUUUUAUUUAGUUAGGUCUCUUUUUUGUCUAUAAUGUUACUGUUAUAACAGAUUGUAUUAUUAUUUUUUACAGAACAAUUUGGUGUAUGUUUUCAGCUGUUAUGCAUUGCAUUUUUACAUUAUGUAAUCCAACAAAUACCAUAUACAUUUAGAUAAAUCUUUUAGCACUUUUUCACCUAAACCUCAAAUCAAUCAUUCAGUCAGCUAACAAUAUCAAUCAAAUCAAUAUAGCUUGAAAAGCCCACUAAUUCCUGGAGGCUUCCAAUGAACUUCAGUGUAAUUAGAUAUGAAGUAAAUUAAAUAAUGAAAUGUUUCAAUGUAGUUGCUAUGUUUUAGAAUAAAUAAAAUACUCUUUGUUAAAUGGUUCAUAAAGUAGAAAGGGUGUGUAGAUUUUUAUUUAUGUGUUUAUUUUUAUAUUGAAAAAUACUAGGAAAAAAGUCUGUAUUUUUUUUUCAACAAAAAUAUAAUAUAUAAUUGUCUUGUUUAGCUGUGUGAAACUAUAUCUGAGAACUUGCAGCAUCCUCUAACUUGCAUUGUGACGAUUUUCUUUUUUUUUUAAAUGUAUGAUAGUUUCAUGCCUUAAUUAGUCAUUAGUUGACUUUCUAACAACCAUGCAGAGGACGUAGAGGCCAUGCAAUAAGGACUCAUCAGACCUAAUAACUCUGCAGCAUUCUCUGCUGUCUCAUGUUCAGUAAUUUGAUACCGUUCUUUUUGGGUUAUGGAAUUUGCUGGAAUGUGUUGUAAUAUAUAAUUAUAUUCUAGUACAUAAUACCUUGCUUAUUCCUUUGUUGAUAGUUUAAUGUUGAGCAAAAGUUUCAUGCAAUAUGUUCUUUUUAUUACUUUGGGGAUUUGUUUACUUUAUUUACUUGUACCAAAGAAAUCAAUAAGUACAACUGCUUGGGUGUCAACUUUAACCUUCUUUCAUUUUAGCAAUUUAACCCUGUAUAACCCUUUACUGCCACAUAAGCUUACAAAUGUACUUAAAUUAGACAGUGUCUACUUAGAAGCAUAACAGUGGUGUCUAAGUGAAUAUGAAUGUCGUCUUCCAUCAAAAUUACUCAGCUCUGCCAAAAUCAUGAUAACUGGUUUGAGUCCCAAGACUGUCUGAGGCUUCCCGCGAUCUUCCCAUAUUCGUCUCUUAAUGCCUGUCCUGAACAUGACAUUUACGAGACACAAGGUGGCAUUUAAGGCCCUUCUUCACAAGUGAUUAUUUUAAAAUUGAAGGGACAGUAAGGCAUGUUGACCUGAAUACAGUUAUCAGUCAGAGAGUUUGGUAAAUAGUGUCAAAACUGGGAUUGAUGACUGCAGGACUCUUAGCUGUCCAACUAGGGCGUUAUCAGAUGCUUCAGACACUAAACGGUUUAAGCCCCACUGGAGUAUUCUAGUCACAGAACAGUCCCAGAUUGCAGUUUUCCAGCCUCUCCAUCUUGCUAUAUGCCAGUUAAUCCAUUAGACAACCUAGGAGGCAGCCUAUGGCGCCAUCUUCUGAGAGAGCACAGACUUAUCAAAUUAAUUAUCAAACCGGCAUUUUUGGAAGAAUCUGAGACUUGGGGAACUGAGCUAUUCCUUGCAUUAUGUGUAAGAAGGAGAGAGUGGAGUCUAAUAAGAGCAAAUCAUUCUUGAGGCAUAAAAGCAGGAAGAUAGACCUUGAUAUUCUCUCCCAUUGUCCCGCUGCCUUUUGGAAAAUUAGACAUCUCGACACAUUCCUCUUAUGUUAACAACUUUUAUACACUAUAUAAAUGUGUGUAGGGAAUGUUCUGGACGUGAUCCUGCUGCAGCUGUUACCUUUUCCUGUUAAUCGACAAUACGGCACUUUAGCGUCAGGCUAAUCGCUUAAACUAAAUGCUAAUUAAAUUCUGUUUUUGGGGAUUUGCUUAUGGUGAUAUCUGUUUCUUUUCUGUAGCUUCUGCAUGAAAAUGAUAACUAGCCAGAUGGACAAUUCUCUGCCCUCAAGAAAACAAAACUCUAGUCAUUGGACUGUUAUGAAUUGUAUAGUGAGUGAAAUGGUACCUUAACCAACAUAUUACCUGCUCGUUAAAACAAGAUGCUGUGUGAUAAGCAUAUAGCAUCCACCUGAAAAUAUUUGGUAGGUUUAUAUUGUGUUAUAUUG